UGGGGGCUUGGUUCCAGGAAGAUGGCAGAGAGCGAGCGGCAGACAGGCUCUCCUGAGGAGGCAACACCUCCCCUCUGCCAGAGUUUCAUGAUCCCCAAAAAGGAAAUACACAUGGUACCCGACAUGGCCAAGUGGAAACGCUCUCAGGCGUAUGCAGACUACAUAGGCUUCAUCCUCACCCUGAAUGAAGGUGUCAAGGGCAAGAAGCUGACCUGUGAAUACAAAGUAUCUGAGCCAAUUGAAAAGCUGAUGGAGCUCCUGGAUACCCUCGACAGGUGGAUUGAUGAGACCCCGCCAGUGAACCAGCCCUCUCGCUUUGGGAAUAAGGCCUUCAGGACUUGGUACGCCAAACUAGACCAGGAAGCAGAAAACUUGGUUAAAACAGUGGUCCCUGAGCAUCUGGCUGAAGCUGCACCAGAGGUAGCCUUAUACCUGAAGGAAUCCGUGGGGAACUCCACCCGCAUCGACUAUGGGACAGGUCACGAAGCGGCAUUUGCUGCCUUCCUCUGUUGCCUGUGCAAAAUUGGUGUUCUCAGGGUGGAUGACCAGCUGGCCAUUGUCUUCAAAGUGUUUAACAGGUACCUGGAGGUGAUGCGGAAACUCCAGAAAACUUACAGGAUGGAACCAGCUGGUAGCCAGGGAGUUUGGGGCCUGGAUGACUUCCAGUUUCUGCCCUUCAUAUGGGGCAGUUCCCAACUGAUAGAACACCCAAACCUGGAACCUCGGCACUUUGUUGACGAGAAGGUGGUGAAUGAAAAUCAUAAGGACUACAUGUUCCUGGAGUGCAUCCUGUUCAUUACAGAGAUGAAGACUGGCCCUUUCGCUGAACACUCCAACCAGCUGUGGAACAUCAGCGCUGUACCUUCCUGGUCCAAAGUGAACCAAGGUCUCGUCCGCAUGUACAAGGCAGAGUGCCUGGAGAAGUUUCCUGUGAUCCAGCACUUUAAGUUUGGCAGCCUGCUUCCUAUCCAGCCUGUCACAUCUUAGAGACCAUGGGAGGAGUCGAUGCAGUGGAGACGACAGUGCGGCGCUCUUCCUCCUCCUCCUCCUUCCUUCCUCCUCCUCACCUCUCCAGCCCCACAGCCCAUUCAUCCCUUUGUAUUUACAACUAGAGAAAGUUACAAAGCACUUAGCGACCUUGCAUGAAAGAAGUGACCAAGAGCAGCUGCUCAUGCAAGUGCUCCCCACACUGACUAGAAAGGGACAAAACCAGUGCGGGGCUUCUAGCCUCCAGUGCGUUCAGUCUUACACUGUUCGUGGCUCGAAGGGCUGCCGUAUACUGAGCUGGGCGUGAGGGUGGCUUGAAUGGGGUUUGGGUAGGGGAUACGUCUAGUAGGGCUUUACAAGAAGACCUCUGCUCUUUAUCCCCUGGAGGUAGGGGGUUGGGAAGGGGAGGAAGAUAUGUAGUGGAGGUGGGGCGGUUACAGUUUCACUGGAAUCUUUUGCUGUCUUGUUUGAGGAACCCAAGGUGUGUAGACCAGGCCUUCGAUUCCAUUUAAAAAAAAAAAAA